GGUGGACCUGUAAGCCAUUGAUACAGCAAUUCAAUUGAAUAUCAACCGGGGCGCCACCAUCCACGUGGUAAAUAGUAUAGAUUCGGCAUUGCUCCGAUAGUCUUAAUUAAUCCAGUCCUCGUCGUUCUCAAUACUCUGAAGUAGAACCGCAACAUCUAUUUCUCUCUACACUCUUGAAAUCCUCACAUAAAUCUCCUCACCAUGUCGGCCGCCGCGGACGUCAAGCUCGUCGACUUCAAGAACAUCUUCUCCCUUGAGGGCAAGGUCGCCGUCGUCACUGGUGGCUCGCGCGGUCUAGGUCUUCACGCCGCAUCCGGACUUCUGCAAGCAGGAUGCUCCAAGGUCUUCAUCACCUCCCGCAAGGCCAAGGCCUGUGAGGAGGCCAUCGCCGCCUUGAACGCCCUCCCCUCCAGCGGCAAGGCCUACUCCAUCCCUGCAGAUCUCGCCAAGAACGGUGAGGUCGAGCGAUUGGUGGCCGAGGUCAGCAAGCACACCGACCACGUCGACAUUCUCUUCGCCAAUGCCGGCGCGACCUGGGGCCAAGGCUUCGAUGAGCACCCGGCCGACGCCUUCGCCAAGGUCAUGAAGCUGAACGUGGAGAGCGUGUUCCUAUGUGCACAAAAAUUCGCUCCUCUCCUCCGCAAGCGCGCCUCCAAGGAGGAGCCCACACGCAUCAUCGUCACCGGCAGCAUCGCCGGCAUCGGUAUCGGCUCCCUCGGUGCCCAGGGCACCUACGGCUACAGCGCAUCCAAGGCCGCCGUCCUGCACCUGACACGCAACCUCGCACUCGAACUCGGACCCCAGGGCAUCCUCGUGAACAACAUCGCGCCGGGUUUCUUCCCGUCCAAGAUGGCGAACGGAUUGAUGGAGAUGGCCGGUGGUGCGGAUGUUCUGGCAGAGGCGAGCCCGAACCGUCGGUUGGGUCACCCGGAGGAUAUCGCGGCGGCGGUGGUGUACCUCGCAAGCCGGGCAGGACAGCAUUUGAACGGCGCGACGUUGGUGUUGGACGGUGGUAGUGUGCUGCAGGCGAAGCUAUGAGGGGGGCAUCUCAAUCGAGGUUGCACUGAAGGAGGAUUUAUGUAAAUCAUGAUGCACCUGGAUACAUCCUCUCUUUCCCCCGAGACUUCACCGCGUGAUGAAAUGAGUCUCGAUCCAUUACUGGACUUGAAUCAAAUGCCCGGGUGUGUACUGGAUAACACGGCAGCCACCUGCCGAUCUUACCUCGCCAUCUCACUACGCAAUGUGAUGUGUGUAGGGUUGCAUAGACCACCACAGAAGAUGAUUAUUACUUGGGUUCACCG